GAAACCCUGUAUUAUGGUUGUGUGUAGGCUUCGCUGGGAGCAGCGGUCGAUGCCGGUGUAGAGAGGGGGAUGGGCAAUACUGCAAAUGUAAAGGACAUGAGAUUGAAUCACAGUCUUGAAUCACCAAGUGCUGUACAUACCCAUAUAAACACCGACUAUAAUUUUGUAAAAUAACAUUGUAUAUUGAUGUAUUCUUUAGCAACUUAGCGCGAACAUUUGAAGACCGCACAGUGUCUUAAAUGGGAGAAAAUGUGAAACUUUCAACUCUUGUGUAAGGGACACUGAGAAGUUUUGAAGAUAGCCCGAGAGCCUCGCGGUUUACAGUUCACAGGAAACACCGAGGUCGCAAAGAGAAGGCCUGCUGUUCUACCUCACAUCGAUGUUGGAUUUUUUUCAAACACUAAACACCUUUAACGUUAAAAGGCAUUUGAAUUUCAGUUACGCUGGAAGGACGCUAUAGGACUCCUGAUGUGCGUGGUGUGGUAUAGCAGCGCCCCAUCUGAGGAGUGCUUCGCUGCUGCCAUUAGGAGCCCUUGAUUCUCCUCUUCCCUCCCCUCUCCCUCCCCUAACCCCCUUCCCGCCCCCACCCCCACCCCCACCCCCUUCCCUGCGUUGCUGCACUUGACGUCAUGAGCAUAGUAAUCACACUGGGAGUUACCACACCCGAGACACCUUACACCGAUAUGGCCGCUGGAUCAGAUCCUGAGUCAGUUGAAGCGAGCCCAGCAGUAAAUGAGAAAAAUUACUCGAGUCGCAGCUGUGGGAACACACGGAGUCAUGGAUAUGGGGGUCUUCCCUAUGCUAUGCAACAGUCUUCCGUUGUGUGUUGUCAGGAUCAUAACUAUGGAGCUCCACCCCCUCCCACCCCUCCUGCCUCCCCACUCUCCCAGACCGUUUUCUCCCAUUCGGAACGCAAUGGCACUCUGGGACGAUCGCGACCCUGUUUUCCCACCAAUGAACCAGACAACUCUGCUGACAGUGAGAGCUCAUCGGAGGAGGAGGAGGUGGUGGAAGGUGCAAUUCCACCUUCUUGGUGUCAAUGCCGUCUAAUGCAAGAUGGCUUCCUCAUUAAGUGUGAGAGCUGCAGGGGUCUGGAGAAGAAAGGGCUGGAUGGGCAGCGCAGAAAAGCAGAGAAUGUUUCAGUUGGCGAGAGCAGCGCUACAGAGAGUGGAGAUGAGGACAUGUCAGCUUCUGCUGUGUCGUACACCGCCACUCAACACACACCCACUAGCAUCACCCUCACUGUCAAAAGAGUCAAACAUAACAAAGUCAAGAAGAGAAAGAAGAGCACAGAGAAAGCACGCACUACUCCUAAAGCCAAGAAGGUUAAGGCUUACAGAGAGGGUUCCAGAAAAUCAAUGAGAAUGAAGAAUUCUGCGUCUGAGGCUAGUGUUCUGGAUGAGAAUACAACAGAAGGAUGGGAGACUCGAAUUCAGCAGUGGACGGAUCAGUAUGAAGAAGCUCUGUCUAACCAGUACAGUGCUGACGUGCAGAACCUCCUCAAACACUACUGUGCCAAUGGCAACUCGUCCCCCACCCCAUCUACUGUCGCCAUGGACACCAUUAACAGAACAGAACUAGCUUACAACAACACUGUGUUGGGCUCACAAAUGCAGUUGCAGCUGGGUCGUGUAACACGUGUGCAGAAACAUAGGAAGAUUCUCAGAGCGGCACGGAAUUUGGACCCAGAAAUGCUGGUCAUUGAAUACAGAGGCAAAGUCAUGCUCAGACAGCAGUUUGAAGUCAAUGGACAUUUUUUCAAAAAGCCAUAUCCAUUUGUCCUGUUCUACUCCAAGUUCAACGAAGUGGAGAUGUGUGUGGAUGCCCGAACAUUUGGCAAUGAUGCACGGUUUAUCAGAAGAUCAUGCACACCCAAUGCUGAGGUGCGGCACAUGAUAGCAGAGGGGAUGAUUCACCUGUGUAUCUACGCUGUUGCUCAAAUUUCAAAAGAUUCUGAAGUCACAAUCGGCUUUGACUAUGAGUUUAGCUGCUGUAAUUAUAAAGUGGAUUGUGCAUGUCUCAAGGGCAAUCAGGACUGUCCUGUGCAGAGACACAAUCUCCGCCCCCUUGAACUGCUUUCCCCCCAGUCUUCAAACUUUGCCCUUCCUGGAGCAGAAACACGGAGGAGACGAGCCCGACGCAGAGAAAUGGAAGAGGACAGGCUCGUAACUGGUGUAUCUGAUGAAAGCAACCACCUGCUGGAAGAUGCAAAUGAGACACAGGGAGUUAGUGAUACAGAGGAUGCUCUUAUGGACAGAGUGAAGUUGGAGAAUGGAGAGGAGGAGUUAGACGAGAAUGGAGCACUAAUACCAAACAGACGUUCUCGUGAUGAACGCAAGGCAGAGGCCAUAAUGCACAUGUUUGAGACCCUUGAUAGGAGAAAGAAACGUGGUCAGGGCACAGCGCAGGCUACACCUGAAGAAACCAAACUGGAAGCAGGGGAGGCAGAUGUUCCCUCCCUUAUAUCAGGAAACUGUGUUCCAAAUACAGGAGCAGUUGGAGGAAUCAGUACAAGGCGCACCUCCUUUGCUGCUGUGGAAACAACAGAUAUAGACUCUGAAAAGCCCCCUGCUACACCCAGUCCUGCCCCUAAAUCGCAACCUGCCCGCGGUUCCAAACCACGUCCUAAGAGCCGCAUCUCCAGGUACCGCUCCAGUUCAGCCCAGCGUGCUCGAAGACAUCGGCAGGCUCUUUCUCAGCAAGCAGCAGAGGGAGUUUUAGUGGGAGGUGAAGAAGGCAGUGCAGGGGCAGGCCUCAGGGAGCAGGGCCAGGGAGUGGGAGCUCCAAACUGUGGGAAUCUCCAGGAUGGAGAACUAUGUGGAGCCGCCUCUUCAGGGAUGGGUAGUAAGACUAAUGUCAGAUACCCGAAAACCAAAAAGUACCUGGUGACGGAGUGGUUAAAUGACAAGGUUCCAGAGCGGGUUGAGGAGUCUUUGGAACGCCCUUUACGCAUCACCACUGACCCUACAGUCCUGGCCACCACCCUCAACAUGCUGCCUGGACUAUCUCAUUCACCUCUCAUCUGUACUACCCCCAAACACUAUGUUCGUUUUGGUUCACCGUUUAACCCAGAAAGACGCCGGCGACCCUGUAUGAUUGACCCUGCUUAUGGUUCUUGCAAGAAGAGGUGGAUGAAACAAGCGAUGGAUGAGAGCAUGUUAUCUGGCCUAUUGGAAGAUGGAACGGAGUCCAAUUCGUCCCACAAAAGUAACACCAGCAGCACUAGCAGCUCUCAACCGUUCAAACCUGAGCUGACUGCACCAUUUAAGAAGAGGAAAUUGAAGUGUUCAUCAGAAACGGCAGCUCCACCUUCUGAACUCUUGUUACGACCAUUGUCCCCCAUCACCCCACCUCUGCCCUCCGAACUUCCCAUGACACCUCUUCAUUCGCUCAUGACUCCCUGCUCGCUUUAUUUAGGUGGGGAAUUGGAGAAGCUGAAUGCUACCAUGCUUUCUUACUCUCCUCUCACAUCCCUACCAGCCAGCCGCUGCAAUACACCUCUACAGUUUGAGAACAUCUCUUCACCUGAGGCCUCUCCUGUGCACAGAUCAGAAUCUCUGACUCCAGAACCCUGUUUGCGACCAGACUUCACUUCACGGGUCACUGCCUUCCCGGACUUUUCCACAAGCCGGGGAAGCCCAGCUCCUAUGUCAGAUGACUUCUCACUUGCUGCUCCAGACUCUCUGAAUGGAUCCGGUGGUGGGACUCCCCACAGCUCAGCUGUUGUGUCCAGUCUAUGUGACUCUUCCUUGGUUUCACAUGCCAGUGAGGCACAAGCCAGAGAACAGGCCUUUAGGACAGAAUUUAACCUCAUUUACACCUGCUCUCCCCUCAAUGCCAAUCUACCCACUGGUCCAGUAAGUGACAGACACUUCCCACAAUCAGAGGGAGGCUUGUCCACGUCUGACUCAGACUUAAGCACAAUAUGCUGCCAGGGGCUGCUGAUGGAAGCAGGGUCUAGCUCUGGCUCUCUUUCAAUGUAUCUGGACACACAGUUUGGUGGUGGAUAUUCAGAGCGCAGCACAUCCCCCAACCCAAGCAAUCCACCACAGAAGAAGAAGGUCUCUCUGCUGGAGUACAGGGAAAGAAAGAAAGGACCCAGGGACCCAGCACCUCACGUCACAAACCUCAGUUCCAUUUGCCCACGCACAAAGUCUCCAGGACAGCCGCGCAUGCAAUUUCAGCCUUCAGUCUCUCCGCACAAUUCGUUUUCUCCAGAACGACAAGCCUUCCCACAGAUAGAGGAGGUCAGUCCUCCUGGCAUCAGAUCUGGAAACCACACACAGACCACAGUGCUGGGAGGACCAGAAUCCAACCACUGGAUGGUCCCUACAUCAGUUGAGCGGUUGAGGGAGGGACAGGGUGCUCUGGAGCAUGUUCUGAGGGGUAAUCUGAACAUAGAGCGUGCCCUUAAAAGAGGAGCAGAGUCAUUAAUUCCAGAUGCCGGAAUUAAUGACCAAAUCAGCAGUCGUGACAAGAGCUCUGAUGCUGUUGAAAUGGACAGGUUUGAUCAUCAAAGCUCAUCUCUGGCCUCUCCCUUAAAAAGUCCUUCGCUUCGUCUACAUCAGCAGAUGCUGCCUCUCCAGCCAGAAUCCCAUCAGCAUUUGGAAAGCCCAGCCUAUGACCAGCAGAGCUCCUCCUCUCCAUUCUGUCAGUCUGUAAGCCCCUCCCCUCCCCGCUGCAGCUCUGGGGGGCCAGGUUACUAUCCUUCAAAGCUGACCACACACAGCCCGCUCACCCAAGAGAGCCCAUCCUCUUCUACAGUAUCUAUCUCCUCAGUGGACUCAACAAUGUGUGCGCCACAUCCUCGUAGCAGCAGUGGAGGUGGAAUGGACACCUCAAGCCUUAAAGCGAAACUGUUGGACAGCUCCCUGUCUGCUGCUCUCUCUCUACCCGCCAGAGGCCACCUGAAAAUGGACAGUGCUGCAGUACCACACACACAAGGUGCUCAUGGCUCCAGAUUGGCUCAGUCGUCCAGAGUCCACAGCCAGAGAACAGACAGACCCAGUCAGGCUAACUCAAGACAUCUCACAGCUUCUGGAGCACAGCACUAUCCACAAAGAAAUUUACAGGGUUCGGGGGUAUGGACACAGUCGAGGACCUUUUAGGACCCAGAGUGUGCAUGUAUAUGUCUGUGUAUGUGUGUAUGCGUGCGUGCGUGCGUGUGUGUGUGUGUGUGUGUGUGUCAAGAGAGAGUGUGUGACAUCCUCCUUACUUUUACCUGUGGAGAAGAUAUGUGUUGUUAGAGGGAAUUGAUGUAUUGAGUUCUGUAUGGAUGGUAUAUUUUUGUCUUUACUUUCCCCAUUUCCUUUUAUCUUUCUCCAGAAACUGAAUCUCUGCAGUUACAUGUAACUUAGUGUGGACUUCAUAACAAUCAAAUCAAUGGAACAUUAAAGUAACUAGUUUGGAGUAUAUAACCAGAUUUAAAUGUAUUUUGAAAAUUCACCCAAAUGCUACAAUGAUGUGUUCACACUGAAGUGCAAGUAUUUAAGAGUAAGAGAAAAAUUACGCAGUUGAGCACCAGUGCUGAAACAAAACAGUUUCUCUAAAAGUAAGGUUCUCAUGUUUAAGACUUAUCUAAGAGUAAAAGUGAUCAUCCUGA